AAGAUUUAGAAGAAAAAAGUCACAAAAUAUUAAAGAUAAUAGUUUAUAUGAUUAUGAAAAUCCAAUUGCUGAAUCAUCAAAAAAAUGUAAAGCCAAAGAAAUUGAAAAAGAUGAUGACAAAAAGAAAAAAUACUA